AUGACACAACCAAGCUCUCGAAACACAAGUUUCAUUGACGGCGUUGAGCUUUUCGAAAUGGACUGGACAGGAGGUUCGAAGCGGCGUUUUGCCGAUCGUAAAGGCAAUAGCACUCUGCAAAAGCAACGAGCUCACUUCGCCAAAGCCAGAGCAGCUGUCUUGAAGCGUUCUUCUGCCCCAUCGACUUCCCUUCGCAACUUCCGGCCUGACUACAAUAAGGCUGACCAGGCAGCUGGAAACGAGUACGAAACGAUACAGACACGAUCAAAGAACUCGAGGAAGCGCUCACAUGCCGAAUCCAUCUCGAGGUUCCCUGGUGAGCAACAUACCGGCGACGAUGCUCUCGAGGUCUGUCGACAGCAAUUGAAAGCGAAAAACGAUUGGUUGGGGCUGUCCGCAGCCCGACCACUCCAGAUCGCUUUUCCCACACACGAAGACAAAGCUGCCAUCGGCAAGAGACGCAAGGUCGGACGUACAAAUUCUGUUCGUGCCAGGCAGCCAGUAGCUGUACAAGAGGCCCCUCUUUUUGCAGAGUGUCCGUUUUUCGAGGAGCAUCUCAUGAGCGGAGCUUUGGUACCACCGGCUGAUGAUGAAAUCAGAGUUAAAAUUGGUACAGAUGCAUUCGAGAGCCAGACACUACCAUCUCGAAUCUCCAGAACUCCGGCAACGACCCAUAUUCGCAAUAUCUCCAGUCAUUAUAGACUGCCUUCGGGAGAUAUGAGUGGACCUAGUCCUAUCGAUAGUGGCGGCCUUACACGUGUUACUGAUCCGAACGAAUGGCUUGGGGUCUGUAGUGAUCAAUGUGUUCAAGACAUCGCUGAUGUGCAUGCGAGAGAACAUCAUCUCGCGCUCGGUGGCCAUGCAGACAUCGAUAGCCUGGAAGACUCGGUGACGGUUCCUGCCAUACCCGGUGAGCUACUAUCUCUACCGUCACCUCCAGCAGCGCCGUCCGCAAAUGUACCUCAGAUCGCGUCUUGUGACCUGUUCAUUCGGGAGCCAUCGAGGCCCGAUCGUGGCACGCCUCUCCAAGAUCAGAGUUUACAUAUUGCCACAGCGCCAAGUCUUGCAAGGCCAUCUCCUGUUGUAAACAGCGUUGAGAUGGACGAGCAGAAUUGGCGACAGUUCCUCGAAGUUGAUCCGGAUCCUUACAGCGAAGUCUCAAUAGUAGUACUGCGUUCUUCAAGCCAACAUCUCACGGCAUCGACAAUGAUCCCACCUGCAGCACGUCCGAGCCCUCAGAAAGUAUUGCUCGAGCAGGACCACGUGAGAGCCGAGGAACCUGAGACCUAUGAAGCGCAGAGGUCUCAGAACAGACCAACACCUUCUGCUGAUCAGAGCGUUUUAGUAACCAGCCACGGAGGUCUCUCGCCGUCCGCUUCUCUCCAGCAGAUUCAAAGGUUGGUCAAUCUCAUACCCCCUCGUACAGAUUUUCGUAACGAGACUGUCGCCGAUGAGGACAUGUGGCGACGCUUCGUCAUCGGAAGCCAAGGCAGCGACAACAGCUCCAGCACCCACCGCAACCCACGCGUUGUUCGUGAGAUGUGCGACUCAGAGAUCGAGCCCAUGUCGAGCAUCAUUAGUUCCGACAAAGCGACAGUAGCGACAUCGCGGCCUGCUGCAACCACAAUGGCGGAGCUUUCCGAAAUAUGCGACAAUUGCGAAGGGAAAACGAUUGACAACUUUCCAUUGCAAAAGUCCUUGUCGGUUGUGGCACAGGCAUCUACGAUCCACCAUGGCUUGUCCGAUGAAGAAUCUCAGCUGUCGGAGGUCGAAUCAGAGGCACCUGAGAGGCACACAUUGGCAGUCUCGCUGGAUCCCAGGCGGCGAUUUAGAAAACCUGUUGAUAUCGCACCUGUCGCACGCAUAAGUACUCGAAGCGGGCGCGUUGCUGGUCGGAAAAGCUGA